AUGGUAUCAGAGCCACGGGCCAGUUAUGCUGCUGUGGUAACCGGAGCUGGAGAGUCCAGUGAAGGAACGCCUGUCGCUCAACCUCCCGGCAACGGUUCUCCGGCGAUUGAUCCUCGGCGAAGUCAGAGCAACAGAGAAGACAUAGACAACCCUCUGUACUUGAAUAGCAACGAGAGUUCUAAUGCCGUCCUUGUUAGCCCACCCCUUUCCGGCAGCGCAAACUACGUGACCUGGAGCAUCUCAAUGCGAGUCGCACUUGAGGUGAAGAAUAAAUGGGGAAUCGUAGACGGAAGCAUCCUAGCCCCAGACAGAUCGCACAGCCAGUACGCAGCAUGGAGGCGCUGCAAUCUGAUGAUCUGUUCGUGGAUUUGCAGAUCAGUCCAUCCAUCCAUGGUGCAGAGCAUCGUCUACAUGGAUGACGCCAAAGAGGUGUGGAACGAUCUGAGGAAGAGAUUCGCUCAGCGAGAUGCUCUCCGUAUCUCCAUUUUGCAAGGCGAGAUUUAUGCUUUGAAACAGGGAAGUUUCACAGUGAAUGAGUAUUACACCAAAUGCAGAGCGCUUUGGGAGCAGAUGAAUGAGCUGAGACCUAUCCCGAUAUGCAAAUGUCUUCCACGAGGCUCCUGUGAUCUCCUUGCCGAGAUCAAAAGUGAACGGGAAGUUGAUCGCAUCAUCAGAUUCCUCCAAGGUCUGAAUGACGAAUUUAACUCUCUUAAAUCUAACGUGUUAGUCCUUGAUCCUUUGCCAGAUAUUCAUAGAGUGUUUGUGAUGGCCGAGAAAUCUGAGAGGCAAAUGAACCUUGUUCACAUGACUGGCCUAGAGGUCAGCCAUGCCAAUGCAACGCAAUCUGAUCCGGUUCCUAGUGAAGAAACCAUUGCUGCCGUUAACUACUCCAAUGGCAGGAAGUACAUGAACAACAAUACACACACCAGGUCGAAAUGUACGUAUUGUGGUAUGAAUGGCCAUAUGGUUGAAAAGUGCUAUAAGAAGCACGGCUAUCCCCCGGUUGGGUGCCCGGUUUCAAGUCAAAAGCCAGGCAACAAAUGGCAGCAGCUUCCACAAGCAACGAUGAAUCAAGCUGGACAGAGCCUUCCUUCUACCACUGCUGCCAUAACACUCACACCUACCUUCAAGGAGGAUUCUCACAAUGAACGUAACUACUCAAUUAAUACUCAUAUUAAUUCUGUUAGUUUGGAAUCUUCUGCCUGGCUACUGGAUUCGGGAGCUACUGACCACAUAGCAUGCUCCAUAAAUAUGUUCAAUGAUUAUCACUCAGUAAAAGGGGCAGUAGUAAAUCUGCCAAAUGGAAAGCAUAUUCCAGUACAACACAUUGGGAAUAUAAGAUUGAAUGAUGACUUAUGGCUGAGAAAUGUUUUGCAUAUUCCAGAAUUUCAGUUCAAUAUUCUAUCUGUUGCUAAGUUGCUUCGAGAUUCAUCUUAUACUCUAGUCUUUACUGCUGAUCAGUGCUCUGAUACCAUGAUGGAGCAACGAUCAGAGAAGAGGAAAGAAAGAUACAGAAUAUAA